GCGCGCUGAUUGGCUCCGCGCGGCUUCCGGUUCCGGUGGGCCCGGCGGCGCGGGGCGAUGGCGGCGGCCGGCGUCGAGUGAGCGAGCGGGGGCCAUGGCGGCCCCGCACGCCGAGAAGCUGGAGGGAGGCGUCCCGGCUCCGCCGCCCCCGCCGGGGCCCCCCCAUCCCGCGGGCGGAGCCGCCGCCGGCGGGCCCGGCCGCAAGCAGGGGAAGGCAGGGCUGCAGAUGAAGAGCCCCGAGAAGAAGCGGCGCAAAUCCAACACGCAGGGCCCCGCCUACUCGCACCUCUCGGAGUUCGCCCCGCCGCCCACCCCCAUGGUUGACCAUCUGGUGGCCUCCAACCCCUUCGAGGAUGACUUCGGGGCCCCUAAAGUGGGGGCGGCCGCCGCCCCCUUCCUGGGCAGCCCCGUCCCCUUCGGAGGUUUCCGCGUCCAGGGGGGGAUGUCGCCGCAAGUGCCCCCCGGUUACGGCGGGGGCCCCCAGCCUCUGCGGCGGCAGCCCCCCCCCUUCGCCCCUGGGCAGAUGGGCCCGGCUUUCAGCAUGCCCCCCCAGAACUCCCCCUACGGCCAGCCCGGGGCCAUGAGCUUCCCGGCGCAGCCCUUCGGGCAGCCCCUCGGACAGAACUUCAGCCCCCCCACGGGACAGCUCAUGCAGGGGCCCGUGGGGGGCUUCGGGCCUAUGAUCUCCCCCUCCAUGGGGCAGCCCCCCCGGGGGGACAUGGGCCCCGGGCCGGCCCUUAAUGCCCCCCCCGGGGGGCCAGCAGUGGCUCAGCGCUUCAGCCAGCCUGGCAACCUCUUUGGACAGUCGCCCAUGCAGCGCCCGGGGCAGAACAUGCCCCCUCUGCCCCCUGCUGCCAGCCCCUUCCCUGGGGCUGACCCCGGCAGCUUCCCCACCAGCAGCGAGGAGGGGGGCAAGACCCUCAACCCCCCCACCAGCACCUUCACCCAGGAGCAGCACUCGGGUUCCCCCGCCGCCGUCAACGGGGCCCAGCCCAAUUUCCCCCCCCCCAGCACCGCCCGUGGCACCGGCACCCCCGAAACCAACAGCCUCCCCCCACCACCCCCCGGCAAAGCGGGCGGGGGGUCAGGGCACCAGCCCCCCCCCGGGCUGGUGUACCCCUGCGGGGCCUGUCGCAACGAGGUCAACGACGACCAGGACGCCAUCCUGUGCGAGGCCUCCUGCCAGAAGUGGUUCCACCGGGAGUGCACCGGGAUGACAGAGAACGCCUACGGGCUGCUCACCACCGAGGCCUCCGCCGUCUGGGCCUGCGACUUCUGCCUCAAGACCAAGGAGAUCCAGUCGGUCUACGUCCGGGAGGGCAUGGGACAGCUGGUGGCUGCCAAUGAUGGCUGA